AUCUUCUUCUUCUUCUUACUAGUUCUUGCAAAGUGUAAUCGUAAAACACAAAACGACACGUCGUUUAACACAAAUAACUGCAUUGCCAAAUGCAAUUAAAGAUCAACAAUUUUUUCAAAUCUCCCUCCUCUUCCACUCCACCUCCGGCCACCGUCGACGACGACGGUGACGAUGAUUUGUCCAAUUGGGACUGGGAAAACAAACACCACCGUAUUAUCAACACUUACCGCCGAACUCGUUGGAACCCUAAUCCUAAUCCUAACCCAAUUCCUUCACCUUCUACCGUAAUUGAAAAACUGGCGGUGAAGAACAAGAAGAGAACCUAUGCACAGUUUCAUUUGGAAUUCGGUCAAUCGGAUUUUCUCUUACGCGCGUGUUCGAUUUGUGGUGUUGAUUUCACUCCUGGAAAUGUAGAAGAUGAGAAAUCACAUGCGCAAUUUCAUAAACAAUUCACACAAGGAAUUCAAUUUAGGGGUUGGAGUAAUGAAAGAGUUAUUUCUUCUGAUAAGAGUGGUAGAAUUAUUUUGGUGUUGGAUACUGAUCAAUCUUCUCAUAGAAACAAGGUAGAAGAAGUUGUGAAGAUGAUGGAAAUUGAGUUGGGAAGUGGAUGGAUAGCUCAUCAGCAUUGUAAGGUCUAUUUGUCCGUGUCUCACCAAAGAAUUGUUGGGUGCUUGGUUGCACAGCCAAUCAAAGAAGCAUUCAGAGUUGAGUCUUGCUCAGUUACUGGACAUUCUGAUAGCGCGAGUAAAAAGGGAAAGAAGCUGUGUCCAACCACUCUCCGGUUUGGGAAUAUGGCUUUUCAUAGGGAAGUUGAGAAAAGACCUAUAAAUAUGAGUGAUUCUGAUAUGAUGGAUGGUAGGGCAAUCAUCUGCAAAAACGAACCUGUUGCUGCUGUUUGUGGCAUUAGAGCCAUCUGGGUCACUCCUUCCAACAGAAGAAAACACAUUGCUAGCCAAUUGCUGGAUGCUGUGAGGAAAAGUUUCUGUGCGAGAUUGGAGCUUGAACAUGCUCAGCUAGCUUUUUCUCUGCCAACCUCGGUUGGGAAGGCAUUAGCAUGUAGUUACACUGGUACUGGAUCAUUCUUGGUGUAUAAAGCAGUAUAAUCGGGGAGUCUCGUGUCAUUGUAGCUGGAAAUCAAGUGUAGAUAGCAUGUUCUUCUCUUUCUGUCAGAAAAUGCUUAGGCAAAACAUUUAGUAGACAGUUAAGUAUAAGAUUUCAAAUGCACUUGAAAAUGUAUUUAUGGUUUGUAUCUUCAAUUAUUUAUGACAUUUAAAUAUCAA